AUGGGAAGAGAUGGACGUACAAGUAAACCAAGUUGGAAUACCGGGACUGCCAUCCCUGCUGGCAUACGGGUGGGAGCUGAUGAAGUCGUGGUCGCAGUUAAAGGCGACGACUCUCUUCACAAGAGCUGCUGCCCUGUAAAGAUCGAUCCCGGUCUGCUUGACGUGAAGCAUUUUACUUAUGUUGAACAGGAUAAACCUAUGGUAACUCAUGUUACAUCCAAAAAAAAUUCUAGAAUGAAGGAAGUUCUUCGCGAUUGUUAUUUUUCAGACUUAGGUUUUCUGCGAACCACGACAGACGUGAAGCAUGAUUAUGCCCAAUUGCAAACCACCAUACCUAAUUGAAGAGAUCUCUUGUAAGAUUUUCAUUUUUCAUAACGAAAUAUGUAAGAUAUGAUUCUUUUUUCAACACUUUGUAUGAAUUCAUUGGGUGUAAUACUAUGUUUAAACUGAAGUAAAAGAACUAGAAUAUUAUGCCUGUUUGGUUUUCAGAAUGCAGG